GUUCUUUCUCAAUACUUGUUUUUUUGGAACCGUCCUUGAAUUCUUCCCCAAAUCUGCAAAUCUCCCCGCCAUGGCCUCCCCGACCUCCUCCGCCGCCGUCGCCGCCUCCGCCACCGCUGCUGCCUCCUUGGCUCCUCCCGCCCCUGAUCCACCGUCCUCCUCCUCCCAUCCCCUCCCUCAACCGCGUCCCUACGCCUCCCCGACCCUCCGCCCUCCUCCACACUUCUCUCCCCAGCCCCCCCUCGGCAAACCCCUGAACCCUCCCCCUCCCCCUCCCACCCAGGGCUUCCUAUACCACCACCGCGCUGCCUUCCCCAGGCGCCCCUCCGUUCGCCCCUCGCAGGCCGCAGCCGCUGUGAUGGCGUUUGCUGCCUCUCCUCAAGCGAGGCCCUUCGUGUACGGCCCCGCCGAUCCGAUGGUCACACAGAUGCACGUGCCCGUCCACCAUUUGAGGCCGCCUACGGCACCGUUGUCUCCGUUGAUGGUCCCCCGGACUGCCGUCGCGACCACCGGCCCUACUAAGAGCGUUCGGUCAGGGGCUCAUCAAAAGGUUACGCCACAUCCUUCAGUGUCUUCAACAGCAGACGACAAGAGUUUUAGGAAGAGGGAAAGGAGCAGGGAAGAUGAUACCGUGGUGAUUAAUGAUCGUAAAGUCAAAUUACUGGAUGGUUGCUCAUCCUCCCUUUAUUCUCUUUGCCGAUCAUGGGUGCAAAAUGGUCAGCCUCUUGAAAUUCAGGUUUUGACAAACUUUGGAGACGCUGAGAAGCUUCUUCCAAGACCUUUGCCUGCCUCUAUGGUUGAUUCUGAGGUGAAUUCACUACACGAAAAUGAUACUGAAGCUGAUGAUGCCAAGGAGGACGAGCUUGGUGGUUCUAUCGAGGAGUUACCUAUGGAGGAUUUGCUACAAAGACAUAUAAAACAUGCCAAAAGUGUUCGGGCACGAAUGCGGAAAGAGCGACUUCGGAGGAUUCAACGGUGCAAACAGAGACUCGCCCUGCUUCUCCCUCCACCAAGUGAGCUUGGUAAAAAUGAAACUACUCCGUGACCAACAGUUCAUUUCUCAAAAUCCAGAGAGGUGUUCGAUGUCGAAGAAAUGUGGCAAUGUAUGUUUAUUGAGCCUUAAGUUUGCUGUGUAAUAUGGAUCGAAAUUGUUCAUGUGCUAGAGUUCAAAACUUGGCAUUUUACUUAUCGAUUUUGUUCAAACUUGA